AUGUGGAAGAUCAACAAACACUUUACGCUAUCCUACAGCAUCGCGGCUUUCGUAGCUUCCAUGAGUAUCAUCAUAGGCAUAUCAUCAUGCAUCAGCAAUGGCGUCACUCAUAGCACCGCUUUCUCAGCUCUCGUCGCCACGACGUGCAACCCCGAACUCGAUGCUCUAUACAAGGAUCAUUGCAUGGGCCCACUACCCACUGACAAGGAAAUGGUAAAGACGAGACUGAGAUUUGGAGAGCUGGAAAAGGAUCCUGUGGAGGAAAUGGCAGGGAUGGAUGGGAAUGUUGAAGUUGAACAUCUGGCAUUUGGUGUUGAGGAUAAUGUGAUGAGAUUGAGAAAGCCUGAGGUUUAUACUUGA